UCAUCUCGCGCGUUCCGCCUUCCGCCGUUCCGCGACAGAACGGAAGCGAGCGCAUUUCCUUUGAGGUUAGCGUUGGCGCACGAGAGAGCGACAUCCCGACGCCGAUGUGAGAGCUCGCUACAAACUCGCGGUCAUGGCGGUGCGCGUGCAAUUCGAGAACAACAACGAGAUCGGCGUCUUCUCCAAGCUGACCAACUCCUACUGCUUGGUCGCGAUCGGCGGCUCGGAAAACUUUUACAGUGUUUUCGAAGCGGAAUUAGCAGAGACCAUCCCGGUUAUUCACGCAUCAAUGGCAGGAUGCCGCAUCAUAGGUCGAUUAUGCGUCGCGAACAAGAACGGAUUGUUAGUACCAAAUACAACAACGGAUACCGAAUUGCAACACAUUCGAAACUCCUUACCCGAUGACGUGAGGGUGCAGAGGGUGGAGGAGAGACUGUCUGCGCUCGGCAACGUCGUAGCAUGUAACGAUUACGUUGCCUUAGUUCAUCCGGACCUUGAUAAGGAAACGGAAGAAAUUUUGGCCGACACUCUGAAUGUCGAGGUAUUUAGACAAACUAUCGCGAGCAACGUUCUUGUCGGCUCGUAUUCCAUUUUAUCCAAUCAAGGUGGCUUGGUGCAUCCGAACAUGCCUAUUCAGGAGCAAGAUGAGUUGUCUUCGCUUCUGCAGGUGCCGCUCGCGACUGGGACGGUGAACAGAGGCAGCAACGUGAUCGCCGCCGGAAUGGUCGUAAACGACUGGGCUGCCUUCUGCGGCAUGGACACUACCUCGACGGAGAUUGCCCGUAUCGAGAGCGUUUUCAAGCUUAACGAAGCUAAUCCAACUCCCAUUACAUCGAGUAUGCGCGCACCUUUUAUAGAAAGUAUGUCGGACUUGUAAAAAACGGACUUGUCCAGAGUACACCGGGAAAAGUAUGUUGGAAUAUACAUUAUAUGUACAUAAAAUUCAAUAUUUAUGGCUUUUAUGUAUUCGUCAACAUAUCCAAGACAAACGCUUGUUCGCGCCUAAUCCCGACACAAGAUGGUGUGUGUAUCCAGAUUCUCUACGAUUAAAAUUUCUAUGAAAUAUGGCGUUGGUUUUUGUUUAGAUGUCGAUACUCUCCGUUUGGAGACAAGAUUAUUACUGUCGUCAAAUCAUUUCCGACUCUAGCCUUAUGCGGCAUUAAAAGGCCAAAAACGUGUUGAUAGAAAUAAUGUUUGUAACAUUGUGACUGUACGAGCACCUAUAAAGGGUUAGUAAUCGAAUAUAAUGACGUACAAAGAAGUGUAUUCUAUUGAAAUAUACUUUAAUCAAUAUUCUCUUUGAAUACAAACGCCAUUUCAAAAAUGUAAAUCAUUUCCAUUCUGUUUACAUAGCAAAUAAACUAUAAGAACAUUGUAUGGACUGGCCUGGUAAUAAAAUUGAUUGUAAACAAA